UCGAGUGAUUCAACAAAGAAGCAAACGAUUUUAUCCUGUAGAAUGACCUAUUUCAAUUAUUGUCUGUUGUUUAGCGGUCUUUUAGUUGUUGUGACCGGAGGAAUUAUACAAUCACUGAUUGAGGGUUUUGUGGAAAAAUAUUUUAAUAGCAAAAAUUAUAAUCUGACUGGAUUAAGUGAGCACAAAUUGGAAUUUGUUGAUGGUGCCGAAAUUGGACGAUCUGACACCUCGAUCGUAUGGCUAGGUAUUUAUAACGAUAAAACGGAUGUUGCUGUUAAAAUGUUUUGGAAUAAUUAUUCCAUUGACAAGGAAAUGGUUGUGUAUGCGGCUUUAAAUGCAGUAGACGAUCACGAAAUUGAAGACCAUAAGAUACCCAGGAUUUAUUAUCAUGGAAAAUUAAAUGGAGGAUGUUAUGCUAUUGCAAUGUCUUUAUUCGACGGAACUCUCUUCGAUUAUUAUAAUGACACUCCGAAUGGAGAUUUAUUGAACGUUGAUAUAUUAUACGUGCUUAUGCAAUUGGUCAAAGGAUUGCAAUACCUUAGCACCAAGAAUGUUGUGCACAAUGAUAUUAAACCGCAAAAUUUGUUCUAUCGUGGGCGUGAUGCAUUUAUAAGUGAUUUCAAUUUAGCUACAAUAAAUGGUGCACAAAAUAAAGGCAAAACGUUACUAUUUGCUUCAGCAAAUUUCUUUGCAGAUAAAAGUCGUUUCGCGAUGGACGAUCUUGAGUCAUUAAUAUAUUCGCUGUGGUAUCUUGCGGGCGUACCAUUGGACCCCAACCAUAACCAUCAACUUCUCUUUGAAUCCCUUCCAGAAGGUUAUGCUUUAUUCGAAAACCGCAAAAAGGGAAAAACAUAUGCCAAAUCGAAAUUGAUGGAAAAAUGCAAACAUUUCAAGAAUGACCAUGUAAGAGGAGUAUUCGAAUAUAUUUGCGACAAAGAGUUGCUGUCCGAUAAAACGGUUCCCAAUUAUGAAGCAAUAAAUCAUGUAUUGAUCAAUGCUAUAAGAAAAAUGGGAAACAAAGAAGGCGCCUGGUUCUCAGACGAUAUACGUUCAAUUUUGUUAAAACUACAAAAUAAUAAUAUGGAAUAAAAGUCAUCCAAUGAAUAUUCGUCGUUCAACAACAUCAUUUUCUUACAUUUUUGGUCUGUGUAUUGAAUUUUUUUAUCGAAAUAAAUUAAAAUUCCAACUGUUGAUGAAUAAUUGCAA